AUGGAGCUUCCAAUACUUCCGUACAACGAUAUACUGAAAGGAACAGAUGGAUUUUCAGAAUCAAAUGUGCUUGGAAAGGGAAGAUAUGGUACAGUAUACAAGGGCACUCUAGAAAAUCAAGCCAUUGCCAUCGCCGUUAAAGUGUUUAAUGUCCAGCAAUCAGGGUCCUACAAAAGCUUCCAAGCUGAAUGUGAGGCACUAAGAAGAGUGAGGCAUCGAUGCCUUCUAAAGAUCAUUACAUGUUGUUCUAGCAUCAAUCAUCAGGGUGAAGACUUCAGAGCACUAGUCUUUGAGUUCAUGGCUAAUGGCAGCUUAGAUGGAUGGAUCCACCCAAAUUUGGAUCGCCAAAAUGGUCAAGGAGCACUCAGCUUGUCACAGAGGUUGGAUAUCGCGGUGGACAUUGUGGAUGCUUUGGACUAUCUUCACAACGGUUGCCAGCCAUCGAUCAUCCAUUGCGAUCUCAAGCCAAGUAACAUUCUUCUGAAUCAGGACAUGAGGGCUCGUGUUGGGGAUUUUGGAAUCGCUAGAGUUCUAGAUGAAGCAACAAGCAAAAAUCCUCUAAAUUCUUCGAGCACAUUAGGAAUAAGAGGUUCCAUUGGUUACAUUGCUCCAGAAUAUGGAGAAGGUCUUGCGGUAUCGACAUGCGGUGACAUGUUUAGUCUUGGUAUCACCUUGCUUGAGAUGUUCACAGCAAAGAGGCCAACAGAUGAUAUGUUCAAAGAUGGUAUAAGCCUACAUGGUUAUGCUGAGGCGGCUCUUCCUGACGAAGUUAUGGAGAUAGCAGAUUCCAACCUAUGGCUGCAUGAUGAAGCAAGCAAUAGAAAUGAUACAAGGCAUAUAGCAAGAAGCAGGCAAUGUUUGUUCGCCAUCAUUCAGCUUGGUGUCCUUUGCUCAAAGCAUUUGCCCUCAGAGCGUUUGUCAAUACGUGAUGCUACUGCAGAAAUGCACGCUAUCAGAGAUAAGUAUUUUAGUUCUCAGUGA